GUUGAGUUCAUUUGAAAGAAUCUAUCUAGACACAGCUGGUUCAUCUAAAGCCAACUUACUGUGCAAGAAAGACGAAAGAAGAAGAAAGAAUUAAACAACAAAAUGCAUCUCUCUACUCUCACCAUAGCAACUACCCUCCUCUCCCUCGUCAGCGCCUUCAACACCACUCAUUCUCUGGAUGCUCGCUCCAACACUACCCAGCUUGACCCGCAUCGUCAUAUUGCACGGGGCAACACUGCAGGCAAUGUUACCACCCGCAGUGUGAGGGUCCGUCGGAAUGAUUCUGUUCCUGUUGAUGCUAUAACGAUUUACAUCCACACUCCCGAUUAUUCCACUCCCCAAGAGUGGUUCGUUCCGCCGACUAUAUGCGUGCAGCCUGCGCCUAUGAAAAUCCAAGGCUUUGACCUCUCCCACGGAUCAUGCUAUUUAUACUCGCACCCACUGUGUUAUGGACCGGCCGUGUUGGUUUCAUCCGAUGUGAAGCCCGUGUUGGAUGGGGUGGAUGUGUUGGGGGUGAAGUGCGAUCAUUGAUCCUCCUUUUACUUGGUUUACUGUCUUUUAUGAUCUUAUUGUUUUAUGAUGC